AAUCCACAAAAAUAGCCGUAUUUUGUACUCGAAAUAAAUGUUUAUAUUUUGAAAAAGCAGUUAUAAUUUUGCGGUGCAUUUGAUUGACCACUGGUUUCCGUCAAACACAACAGUUAUGGCCAUAAUUAAGAGGACACUCAAGUACGGAACAGCUCUUGGAGUGACGUAUUUGAGUGUUGAGCAGAGAUUGUGGUCAGAGUUAAGCCAUAAGCAGAUCAAAGACAAGUUAGCCGUUGUGUCCGCUUAUGGCCAGAAGGCGGAGAAGUUUGUCGUCAGACAGACCGGCGUUGAUGUCUCCCAAUGGAGGCCAACCACUCUUCAUGUGAUUAUCUCGUUCUUUGCCCGACCAUUGAUCAUUAGAGCCGAAGAUUCUCUGGAACCGAUCGGUAAAGAGUGUGUUCAGGACUAUAGCGGAUAUACGUGUGAAUGAAUUGAUGGCUAAAAUACAGAAAAUGGUUAAUACGACCACUAAAUGAUAAAUUAUAUUUAGUUAU